CGAGAACCCUACAGAAACACGCAACCGCUGUGGCCGCCGAAUCGACACCAAACCCCCCAAACAUCUCGCAACACAUCGAAUUAUCGAACCUUCCAAUCCUACCCCGACCACGAGCGAAUCCUCCUCAUCGAAGUGGAGGAGAAGGAGAUCCUCGCCGGAGCAUCCGGUGGCUUGGUUCGUGGGGGAUCGGCCUGCGGCCGGCGAACCCUAGGCCGAUGAGGCCGAUCCGGCUGCCGGAGCCCCCCGGCGUCGGCGGCAUGGAGACGCCCGAGAUCUUCACCGGCGCCGCCGCCGCCACCGUCGUCGUCCGCCGCGCCGUCGUCAUCGGCAACGGCUCCCCCGGCGCCGAGAACCAGUGCCUCGGCCUCGUCCGCGCCCUCGGCCUCGCCGACCACCUGACCCUCUACCGUGUGACGAGGCCGCAGGGAGGGAUCAACGAGUGGCUGCACUUCCUCCCCGUCUCGCUCCACAAGCUAAUCGACCAAGUGCUGAGGCAGUUCUUCCGCAACACGAGGCUUGCGCCGGUGGUCGAGGGGCGGAAGCACUACCGCGUCCCGAACGGCGGAUCGGUUGGGGUUGGGCUGUCCUCUGUCCUGGAAGCGGACGCCAAGAAGAUCGUGGCUGUGGCUCGCGAUACAUUCGAGAAGGAAGGGCCAACUUUAAUUGUCGCGUGUGGCUGGGAUACCAUAUCAUAUUCAAGCUCAAUAAGGCAUCUAGCUUCAGGCAAUGUGUUCGUCAUUCAGAUACAGCACCCGAGGUCUCGCCUAGAUAGGUUUGAUCUGGUGGUGACUCCUCGCCAUGAUUACUAUGCUUUAAUUGCUGGCGGACAAGAAGAAAUUCCACGCCUGUUCCGUAGAUGGAUAACUCCGCAAGAACCACCUGGGAGGAAUGUGGUGCUUACUGUUGGUGCACUACACCAAGCUGAUUCUGCUGCACUGCGCCUUGCUGCUAUAGCCUGGCAUGAUGAACUCGCCCCUUUGCCUAAGCCAUUGCUAAUCGUCAACAUUGGAGGACCCACAAGGAAUUGUAAGUAUGGUGUCGACCUUGCCAGGCAGCUCAUAGCUUCUACGUAUAAUGUUCUAGACAGCUGUGGGAGUGUGAGAGUUUCAUUUUCCAGGAGAACACCGCGAAAGGUCUCUGAUAUUAUAUCGAAAGAGUUCGCUGGUCAUCCUAAGAUCUAUAUUUGGGAUGGGGAAGAACCUAACCCGCACAUGGGGCAUCUUGCAUGGGCUGAUGCUUUUGUUGUAACAGCUGAUUCUAUAAGUAUGUUAAGUGAGGCUUGUAGCACAGGGAAGCCUGUUUACGUCAUUGGGACUGAGUAUUGUAAAUGGAAGUUUUCUGCUUUUCACAAGACUCUACGGGAGCGAGGAGUUGUCCGUCCUUUCACUGGAUUGGAAGAUAUUUCAAAUAGCUGGAGCUACCCUCCCCUAAACGAUGCUAUUGAAGUAGCUACACGUGUCCGUGAAGCAAUUGCAGAACGAGGGUGGUCUGUGGGAUGAUAGCGACAGUUAGGAUGUGUUGUUCUGUCCGACAGUAAAUUAUGUAGUUUGAUUAACACAGUCACUUAAAUUCAAGUUACAUUGUUCAGAGGAAGAAUAAUAUAGCCAUGGAAUGGCCUGUACAAAAGUUGAGCCUUUUCUUUUGGUGGUAUACCCCAAUUUUGGAGCCAUUGCACAGCACCCAGGAGAUCAUUUUUGGUUUGAGAUUCUCUUCCCUCUUGUACUUCUAACGCUACUGGAGAGAAGCCAACAUAUGAAGUAUUGGAAUUGAAACUUUAUUCUGUGUGAUACAUGAGAAGCAAUCUGACAUUGUGAAUUGUUUCCCUGUC